AUGUGCAAUCGAACCUUAGUCGCAGAGCUGUUACUAGUAUUCGCCCUGGCGACCUCCGCGCUUGGUGCCUCGGGCAGUUGCUCGUGGCGUGCAAGCAGUAGCUGGUUUGGAGGAGAAAUCUGCGUGUUGCAGAAGGUGUACGAUGACUGUCAGGAGACUGCAGACUUCACUGAAUGUCUAAAACAAAAGGCGCUCACUUCCAUCUCUCGAGCCAUCGAUUCGGAUUCGAUCCAACUGGUCGAUGGAGUAUCGCUGGUCAAACAAAAGAAUGUGUCAGCUGGUGAUGACACCGAGAGCUCAAUCCUCGGAUUGUCGGAUGCUCGAUCAAUGGAAGGUUUGGGUGAAACUGAUAAAGCACUUAUGCUUAAGAUCAACAAGUUUCUUAAAACCCACACCAUCAGCUUCGAUUUGUCCGAAGCGCGUGGAAGUGGUUACAAAAAGAACGGCAGCCGCUACGUUAUUGCUGCUUUGCUGACAGCCAUGGGAAUCGCUGGCCCGAUCGGUCUGAAGACCCUCGGUGCUAUUGCUUUCAAAGCACUGGUUAUCUCUAAGGUGGCCCUCACGAUUGCCAGUAUCAUGGCUUUGAAGAAAAUAUUCAAGGCUGAUCAUCACGAAGAAACUAGUUUCCAGGUGCACACCGGCCAUGAUAACCGUCGGGCCACAUACUUCGUACGUCCAGUGCGAGCAAACGAUCCGUACCGAUACUACUAUGAGCAGCCGGCUCAUUGA